AUGGCAUAUGCUCUAGCUAAUGGAGAUGUCGUUCAAGCCUGCAAGAGAUUUGUCUCAAUUGAGGAGGCGACCCAGUCUGUGAAGCCCCAUCGCGCCGAAUGUGAGUUUCUCUCCCAGAUGCCCGAGGAUUGGAUCAAGAACGGCUGCGCGCGCAUAGCAAAGACUCAUUUGGCACACCUGUCCUUCUUCACAGGAGUAAUGCGCUGUGGUGCCGAGUACGAGGCUGGAUUGAAGCAGAAUGACCUCUUCCGGCACCUUGCACACAAGGAGUAG